CCCCCAAUGUACAACAAGACCCCUUUUUUUUUUUUGCCCCUUUUUUCAUCUGACGUGCCUUCAUGCUAUUGCUCGAAAUUCUCAAGGCGGAGUACACAGGAACAGGGCGUGAACUUGAAGCCUUCAGGGCACGCAUUUGCUGUGCAGAACUGUUUCAGUACUUCUGUUGUGUUUUCUUCACUGUCACAACCAAUUUGUGUUCAUCCCUUCUUCAGUGCAAAAUUGCAAAAAGCAAAAGUCUUUUUCACCUUUUUAGAAAAGGCAAAGAUAUAACGCAACCCUCUUCAGUCUUCACCGUCUCCUGCUUUUUACCAAUAAACCUUAAACAGUAAGGAUUCUCUCUGUGGUUUGUCAGUUUUGCAUUUGGGUAAUCUUUGUUUUGCCUCAAAGUUCCCAAAUUCUCUUCAUUUCUCAAAUCAACUUUCUGGGUUUUUCAUCAGAGGUCCUUUUAUUUCCUUACGCAAGAUUUGGGUGCUGUUUGGCUUCUUGUUAUUGGAGAAUGAUAUUCUGGGUUCUGUUUCUUGUCUUUAAAUUUUGAUCAAUCAUCUUGUUCCUUUUUCUAAUUUGUUAAUGUGGUUUCAAUGGUGAUUUUCCAUUGCCAUGAAAUGUUUAAAUUACUGUCAAUUUAGAUUCGUUUUUCCAUUAAAAUUAUUUGCUAAAUUCAUUAGGAACCAAAUGACUGAACCAUUUUGUGAUUUUGAUGUUUUGCUUGCAUUUUCUGGUUAACAAAUUAUCAAUGUUUAA